CCCAUACACUGCCCCCACUUGGACACUGAAGCAGAGGCAACACUGGUGAUAGAGGGAAAGAGAGAGUAAGAGAGAGCAAGCAGACAGAGAGCUGGUCUGGUCUGGGUUAUGGCGUGCAGCAUUGACAAGCCUGUUAACUAUAGAGAGUCAUAUGAAUGCUUUAUAACAUGGGUCUGUGAAUCUGCAUAGAACACAUAAACAUAGACUGCCAGCCACUUCCCGCCUCCUGUAGCAUUGGACAGCACCCGGCUGGAUAUACAUGUCACAGGGGCAGGGGGACAGUCACAGUCAAAGAGAGACUAGCUGAGCCCAGGGGACUACAAUCAACAGGUGGAGCUGAACAAAUAAGCUAUUGGUCGCAGGCUCAGCCAACAAGACCAGGGACAGAAGCGUCAGUAGAAGGCCCUGUCAGAGAGAACACUAUAGAGAGCAUGUGGAAGCCACAGCCAUUGUAAAAAAAAACAACGCCAGAGACAACAAUUGAAGCCUAGCCCCAGAGACUGAAGUCACUGCACAGAGCUCCGGAGACAACACUGAAGCCUAGCCCCAGAGACUGAAGUCACUGCACAGAGCUCCGGAGACAACACUGAAGCCUAGCCCCAGAGACUGAAGUCACUGCACAGAGCUUCGGAGACAACAACUGAAGCCUAGCCCCAGAGACUGAAGUCACUGCAUAGAGCUCCGGAGACAACACUGAAGCCUAGCCCCAGAGACUGAAGUCACUGCACAGAGCUCCGGAGACAACACUGAAGCCUAGCCCCAGAGACUGAGGUCACUGCACAGAGCUCCGGAGACAACACUGAAGCCUAGCCCCAGAGACUGAAGUCACUGCAUAGAGCUCCGGAGACAACACUGAAGCCUAGCCCCAGAGACUGAAGUCACUGCACAGAGCUCCGGAGACAACACUGAAGCCUAGCCCCAGAGACUGAAGUCACAGCACAGAGCUUCGGAGACAACACUGAAGCCAGUGAAUCCACAACCCCUGAGCCCCAAAGAGACCACCACUGCGGGAUGACUUCAACACUGUGGCUGACUCUAGACCCACUGGAGUUCCAACUGUUCAGCUGGGGACCAGAGCUAAAGACCAGAAUAAUAGGAUACUAAACUCAAGUCUCAAAGGAAUUAUUGUGUGGUUGUGUGUGUUGCUCUGUGUGUGUGUGGUUCUGUGUGUGUUGUCUUGGGUGUAGCAGUGCAGUGUGUGAGCUAGUUUUGUUUUAAGUUCUGUGUGUGUAGUUCUCCAUCAGCAGAUGUUGCAGAAAUGGCCAGCAUGGUGGUCCAGCUCUUGGGCUUCUUCCUGGGUCUGUUGGGGCUUGUAGUUAGUGUAGUUGCUACGGUGCUCCCCCAUUGGCGGCGGACGUUAUAUGUGGGCUCUAACAUCAUCACAACCACUGCAUACAUGAAGGGGCUCUGGAUGGAGUGUGUGUGGCACAGCACGGGCAUCUACCAGUGUGAAGUACAUCGCUCAAUGCUGGCUCUGCCACCUGACCUGCAAGCAGCGCGGGCGUUGAUGGUGCUAUCCUGUCUGACCUCCACCCUGGCAGUCCUGGUGUCCUCUACAGGGAUGAAGUGUACCCGCUGUGCCCGACACUCCCCCACCAAGCACGUCCUGGCGAUCAGUGGAGGGGUCUGCUUCCUGUCUGCAGGCAUGCUCUGCCUUAUCACUGUCUGCUGGACAACCAAUGAUGUCAUCCUCGACUUCUACAAUCCCAUCCUACCUGAAGGUAUGAAGUAUGAGAUUGGCAUGGCAGUGUAUUUGGGCUAUGUCUCGGCCUGUCUAAGUCUGAUGGGAGGGGCGGUGCUCUGUUGGAACUGUGAGGGGCGGCCCGGGAACGCCCUCCCCCUCCAGCUACCUCGUCGUCACCACCCUCCUCCUCCCCCUGUCUUCAGCACUUUAAACACCCCAGCACCCCCCUACUAUCCCCCUGCCGCACUGAAUGGCAACCGCACUCCCUCACGCACCUCAGUGUCCAGCAGUGGCUACAGACUCAACGACUAUGUCUGAGGGAUGGAGUACACACUCAAUUAUUGCUUCCUAGUGUGGAAGUGGACACACUUAAUUAUUAUGUUUGAAUGUGGAAUAUAAUACAGACUGAUUGACUAUGUCUAAGGGAGGUUCACACUCAAUGACUUUCCAGACAACCUCCAGAGAGUGACUGAGGAUGAGUGUGUUUUACAGUAUUGAUGUUGUUCAGGUUGUGUCCUUCUUCUCUGAGGUAAAGUCCACAAGGUAAUCCUGUCCUCUUUAUCCUGUUGACUUUGUAUGUUUACUAUAAGAAUCCAGAAACACACUUUUGAACAUCAACAGCCUUAUUCCCUAAUACAAAAGGAGCUUCCUUCGAAAAGGCCUUUAGGACAAAGACAGCCUAUACCAUAAUGAGGACAAAGACAGCAUACACCAUAAUGAGGACAAAGACAGCAUAUACCAUAAUGAGGACAAAGACAGCAUACACCAUAAUGAGGACAAAGACAGCAUAUACCAUAAUGAGGACAAAGACAGCAUAUACCAUAAUGAGGACAAAGACAGCAUAUACCAUAAUGAAGACAAAGACAGCAUAUACCAUAAUGAGGACAAAGACAGCAUAUACCAUAAUGAGGACAAAGACAG